UAGUAGUGUUUAGAGCAGCAGUACAACAGACAUCAUGCUGGGCUCCUGGAUUCUGGUUGCUUUUUGUGUCUGCCUUUUCUUCCUCUUCAUCAGGAUCCGGAGGCCCAAGAACUUCCCUCCUGGACCACGACCCGUCCCUAUAUUUGGGAACUUGUUUCAUAUUAACAUCAAAAAUCCUCUGAAAGACUUUGAGAAGUUGGCUGAGCAAUAUGGAAACAUUUACAGCCUGUACAUUGGGACAAAACCAGUUGUUGUUCUUAAUGGUUUAAAAGCCAUAAGAGAAGCUCUGGUGACCAAAUCUGCAGAUUUUUCAGGACGGCCACACGGCAUGGUUAAGGAUGUAACUGAAGGAAAAGGAGUCAUAAUGACUGAUUAUGGUCUUCAAUGGAAAGAGCAUCGGCGCUUUGCUCUCAUGACCUUAAGGAACUUUGGCUUGGGGAAACAGUCUAUGGAGAACAGGAUUCUGGGAGAAAUUGAACAUCUCAUUGCAAAAUUGGAGAAGAAUGCUGCAUUUCUAUUUGUAGGAAGCUCCAUGUAUCCUCAGACUUUGUUCCAUGAUGCGGCAUCAAAUAUCAUCUACCUGGUUUUGUUUGGCACUCGCUUUGACUACGGCGAUGAAACCCUUAAAAUAUACAUUCGGCUGUUUACUGAAAAUCUAAAGCUUGCUAAUGGACCUUGGGCAAUGAUCUAUGAUGCACUUCCUGUGGUGAGGUCUUUGCCCCUUCCCUUUAAAAAAGCCUUUGAUAAUUACAACACAGUUAAAGUCAUGACAGCAAACAUGAUCAAGAAGCACAAGACAACAAGAGUCCCAGGAAAACCAAGAGACUUUGUCGACUGCUAUCUGGAUGAGCUUGAUAAGAGAGACAAUGAAUCCACUUUCAGUGAAGACCAACUGGUGGCGUAUAUUAUGAAUCUGCAUGUAGCUGGAACUGACACCACAUCCAACACACUCCUUACAGCAAUUCUCUACCUCAUGGCUCAUCCGGACAUCCAGAAGAGAUGCCAGCAGGAGAUUGAUGAGGUUAUGGAGAGUAAAUCUCAGAUAUCUUUCGAGGACAGACACAACAUGCCGUACACACAGGCAAUGAUUCACGAGUGUCAGCGCAUCGCCAACACCGUCCCUCUGAGUGUGUUCCACUGUACCACAAGAGAUACUGAACUGAUGAACUACACCAUCCCAAAGGGAACUAUGAUCAUCCCCAACCUGUCCUCAGUGUUGAGCGAAGAAGGCCAGUGGAAGUUUCCUCAUGAUUUUAACCCAUCAAACUUCCUAAAUGAUCAGGGACAGUUUGAGAAGCCUGACGCCUUCAUGCCCUUUUCUUCUGGGCCUCGUAUAUGUCUUGGUGAAGGUCUGGCUCGCAUGGAGCUCUUCCUCUUCUUGGUUACUCUGCUGCACCGCUUUCAGUUCAUUUGGCCUGAAGAUGCAGGACAACCAGAUUUCAGUCCUGUGUUUGGCAUAACACUUACACCCAAACCAUACAGGAUGCUAGUCAGGCAGAGACAGCCAGCUAGAGAAAUGUAGAGCUGGUAUACAAUAUGUCUGCAUAUUGAAAAUUUCUUUAUGGAUCAUGAAACCUGUUCUAGUAUAAGAGAAAAAGAGGCCAACAGAGGUUUAAUCAAUCAGCUAUAUCAAAUUUCAAUAUUAAAUUAAACUGCUUAAACUGCUAAUAAUAAACCCGGAUCUUGUUUUCAACAAUGAUUAAAAAGUUGCAUUUGUCACAAGAUGUUUAUGUUUGUACCUAUAAAUGCCAAAUUCUAUAAAUGUAAAUGUAAAAUUAUAAAAACAAUACAGCACAUUUUAAUUGCUUAUGUCUUGGUGCUAGUGUCCAAGUUUGAUUUGUGAAAACAUCAUGAAACAGUAAAACAAGCCAUAUUUACAUUACGUGCUAUUUUAGUCUUUUUCACUAUCCUGACAUGCUGCACUAGUGUAGGAGUUCAGCAAUAAAAAUGGACAAAUUUCUCCAUCCA